AUGGCGAAAGUCGCGCUGGCCACCGGUGGUGUUUCUGGCAUAGGCCUUGCCGUCUGCAAGUCACUUGCAACCCAAGCUUCGCAGAUCGCUGUGGUGGACGAAACCCCCUACCGGGGAGAGUAUCACCGCAUAGCUGAAUGGCAUAUUUGCCCUCGCGAACGUCACCGUCUAUGA